AUGAAUGGUGGAUUAGGCCCAACUGAAGAUUCAGUAUACAAAUAUGCUCUCCGUAUCGCAUAUUUAGCUUUCUUAACUGAAGUAAAGGCUUCAAAGGCUCCAAAAUCUGCUCCUUCUUCUAUUUCUACUUCUACACCAUCUAAACUUAAUGUCGAAUCUAGUAGUAAUUCAAAACGUUCUAGUCUUUAUGGCGCUCAAAAUUUAUCCUUUAACGCUUUUGAUAUGUUUAAAGAUGAAAAGAAGGCCCAUAAAAUACCAAAAGAAUUGGUUAAAGUAUUGCGUGACCGCUUAGAGCAAAUUACCACUGGCCGUGAGCAAAAUCAAUCUUAUCAAGAUCCUUAUUUUAUGAAAGAGCUCAAGAUUUUCCAUCAAGCUUUACAACAAUCUGGUUUUCGUCAACAAUUUAAAUCAAGUAACAGUAAAAUUGAAGAUAUAGUGCUUAUAUUUCUUAGAACAUCUCAAGUUGAACUCAAAAAAGCUCAGCUACCUCCGAAUGUUACAUGGCAAGCCAAACUUACUGAUCACGUUAGUAUGUUCGUCGGUAUAUUGAAAGAAUGCCUUCAAGCCAGGGAGUGUGCAUCGGCUGCUACACCAGAUUUGCUGGCUAGAUUAGAGAUUUAUCAAACAAAAAUGUCCAGUACCCCCACCCCUAGCGGAGGAAGUGGAGGAUCCGCAAAUGCUAGCUCGGGUCCGAGUAUUGAAGAUAUGGAUAUGGUAUUGGUGGUUAAAUCAAUUUUUGGCAUUUCUUCUAGCCAACUACAAAAGGACUUAAAUUCCCUGAAAAAAGAAUGUACAGUACAGAAAGCAUUUGAAGAUUUAAGAAAUAUCAUAAAUCAUGUUAAUCGUGGUUCACCUUUCCCUGCUCGUAGGGAAGAUUUCGAUACGGAUGAUGCUUAUGAUAAGUGGAAAAGCAUCGAAACAAAAACGAUCAGAGAUCUUAUGGCUACUAUGGCCUUAACAAAUCCUGAAGUAUUAAAAGAACAACCCACUGACCAUGUUUCUACUCUUUUGACGUCUGAUUCGAGCUCUAAAGCAAAACAACCUUAUAAUCAACCCUAUCAAAGUUUUAAUUCUCAAUAUUCUCAUCAACCUUCGUAUCAACCUUAUAAUCAACCUCCUUAUCCACCAUAUCAUUCUCAGCAACCCUCAUCGUAUCACCCUCAACAACCUCAGUAUCCACCCUAUAAUCAAUAUCCUCCAUAUAAUUACAAUUCUCAAAGACCGUAUCCUUAUAAUCAACCGCCUCAGUCACAUCCUCCUUAUAAUCAACCCCCAACACAGCCUUCACACAGCUUAAAAGAUUCGUCUUCGUCCUCUGAGGCUGGUUCAUUUACUUUCAUUCCAUUAAAUCCUCGGAGUUAUUACAAGCUUUUAAUGAAUAAAUGCAUAGAAUAUGAAUUACAACAUGAUUCGCAAGAAGAACGAUCCAUCAAAAUUCUUUCUAAAGAUGUCAUAGGCUUGCUUAACGAAUGUGCUCUACGUUGGAGAGUUUCUCCAGGAUUUCGAUGGUUACAAUACCUGAACGUUAUCAGGUCUCGCUUCGAUAAUCGCUUCGAUAAUGAGGAUCCUCAAAUAAAUUUAGAUCACAUUAAAGAAGGAAUGCAUUUGUUAAAGGAUGCUAUGAAGCAUAGAGAUGUUUCGACCUGGACUAUUUCUGAUGUUCGUUAUUCCCUUAAAAUUGAUCCUUAUUCGUUAUUUGUCAAAAGGGAACUUGUGGAGGUCUAUUCAGGGAUUCAUGAUACUUUACUGAAUUACAUGAAGGAAGCACUCGAGCAUGUUUUUAAGAUUAAACCUACAGAAUUCGAGCCCAUAAUAUUUUUAUUGAAAACAAUAUACGAAUCUGAUCUAUUCAAUGCUCAUUACCCGGAUGUAUCUCCUUUUUACAAUGAUCUUCGAGAAUGCGUUAGAAAAGCUGCGUUUGAUGAAUAUAAAAUAAAGUUAGGCAAACUAUAUGAACAACAGUCUUCUGCAAAUGAAGUACAAAGGUUUGCCGCUAUUGCACGAUGGAUACUACAAGAAGUAGAUAAAUUAAGCCAAAAGUAUCCUACUCCUUUAGUUGGGCAACUUAACAUCGUUCGUUUGGUAAUUGAAAAGCAAGGCCCACUUUUAUUUUUAGAUAUGGAGGGCGCUGCAUCAGAGAUUGUGAGUAAAGUAAAAAUGACACCUGGAGAUGGAAUUCCUGUUGAUGAUGUUAUUGAACUUUAUCGAGAAAUACUCGAACUUAAAUAUAUAUAUGAAGAUCUUUGUCCUGGUACGAAAUUUUCCUUUGGAAUUGAAGGAUGGUUUGGGCCUUAUAUCAAAAAAUGGUUGGACUCUACAGACAACAAAACUCCUGAAUGGGUUCAUGCUGCAAUUAGUGCGGAUGAGUUUAAGCCCGUAAGCAGUACGGAUACACAUUCCUCUUCCGUGGUUGAUCUUUUCACAUCAUUUAAUCAGACUGUUGAUUUCGUAAAAAGACUUAAUUGGCCCAAUCAAGAACAAUCCGCUCGUUUUAUGACAGUUUUAUCACAGACCAUUGGUAAAGCACUAGAACAAUAUUGUAAUGUGAUGGAAGACCUCUUUAUGAAAGAUUUGACGGUUGUACCUACAGAACAAGAAACAUCAAAACAAUCAGCUUGGUACCUUCGAGCAAAGAAUGCUCUUUCUCUUGAAAAAAUUGCACCAGCUGAUAUCCAGCCUAAGGUAUCUGAAAGUUCCGAUUAUUUUAGAUAUGAAUUCGAUAUAUUAUCUACUUCUAAUGCACUUUAA